UUCAUUGAUUUCAUAGUACUUUUAGUAAAAUAUUUCCAUCAGGAUAGAGAUCGUAUCUCUAGCCUGAGCCAUUGAAAUCGAUUAUUAAUUAUCGACAAAGCGUUGCAGAAUUGAUUAUUGUCGAUAAACAUGAUAAAAUAAAUUAUUAUCUGCAUUUCAACUGUAAAAUUUGGGUAAAAAGGAACAGAACAAGGAAAAGUAGUCGUAAUGCAACUAAACACACCUGUGUUCAGUGUUUCAAAUAUACGCUUCACUUUAUACUCAUGCAGAGGCAAGCUCAAUUACUGGAAAAAACGCGGCGUCGAGUCUCUCGAGGGCGAUCUGAUCUUCGGCAACUUCAAGGACGCCAUACUCUUCCGCUCUGCGCCGGGAUGGCAUAUCGGUCAGCUGUACAAAGCCGCUCGGGCGGACGCGGCUUACGUCGGCUUUUACAUCUUCCACAAGCCGUGUCUGCUGUUGCGCGACCCGGACGUCAUCAAGCAGUUCAUGAUCCGCGACUUCAAGAACUUCUCCGAUCGCCACUUCGCUGGCCCCAAUCAGAAGGACAGCAUCGGUAUGAAAAAUCUGUUCGGCGUGAAGAACCUGGUAUGGAAGUACCUGCGCACCAAGAUCGCGCCCACGCUGAUGAGGAACAAGCUGAGGCAGAUGUUCCCGCUGAUGAUGGAGAUCGGCACGCCGAUGAUGGAGUAUCUGGAGAAGCAGCCAGCGGUCCGCGGCAAUGCGAAGCUCGUGGACGUGCAGGAGCUCAGUUACAAGUACACGACCGAUUUGAUCGCGUCCGUCGCUCUCGGCACGAAAAUGGACACCUUUCACCAUCCGAACACGGAGUUCUCGUCCGGAGUUUACAAAUACUUUCGCUCGUUCAAGAGGAUGAUCGCUCUGGUGACGGUGUUCUUCAUGCCCGAGCUGGUGGAGCUGAUCAGGGCGAAGAUACUUUUCGACUUCUCCUUCGUGCGUAAGGUUUUCUGGAGCGCGAUGGAGAAUCGCGAGAAAACCGGUGAGAAACGAGACGACUUCAUCGACUCGUUGCUCCAACUCAAGUACGGCGAACAGAAUCCUGUUUACAAAUUUGAAGGUGAAAAUCUGCUGCAUCAGUCCGGCACUUUCAUUUCCGGCUUCGAAACGAGCGGUACCUGCAUGUCCUUCACCCUGAUGGAACUAGCGAAUUAUCCAGAGUGUCAAGACUUAGCCAGGCAGGACAUCAAUCAAGCAAUCGCCAAGCACGGCUGGUCGUAUGAAGCGUUCAACAAUAUGAAGUAUCUUAAUCAAGUAAUAGCCGAAGCUCUCAGGCUGCAUCCACCAGUGUCCACCAUAGACAGAUACACUCGUCAGGAUUACAGAAUUUCUGGCACCGAUAUCAUUAUCGAGAAAGGAACACCGGUAUUUAUUUCUCUGUACGGACUCGGUGAAGAUCCGAAGUUUUGGCAUGCGCCGGAAGUAUUCAACCCUGACAGAUUCGCUGAGAAUAACCGCAACACGAGCGUUUACCUACCGUUCGGAUUAGGUCCCAGGAUGUGCAUAGGAAUGAAGGUGGGUCAGCUACACGCUAAAAUUGUCUUAGCGUUGCUUCUACACAAUUACGAAAUCUGGCAAACCCAGGAGCACAAGAGCGUUCUGGAUCCGCGAUCGACCUUCACGGCAGCGGCCAACGGGAUAAAUUUAUACUUCAAGAAAAUUGUUCGAUAACGCGUCUAUCAAGUCUGUAUACUUGUCUGUAUACAAUACUUCGAGAGAAUUAUUCAAGCUACGAUUAUUUAUUUAACACUUUCUGUCAUCGGCACAUUGUUAGUGCAUAAUUCUGCAAUGUGAAUGUUAUCAUACUAUGCAUGGGUCAAAGGACUACUUUAUUCAAUGAUAAGCUGAUAAAUUUCUCCAUAAAUUUCUCGAUAAACUCUUAUAUCUUCGUGUCAACGGUUUACAUUAGUAUGCGAUGUAUCUUGCGGUUUUUCUAACAGCUUUCCACACAGCAUGGAAUGUCGUCAAAAUGUCGCCAGAAUAUUACAUUUAAAAUCUGAAAUAUUCUGAUAAUAAUCUCAAAAAUAUUCUAGCAAUGUUAGCAGAAUGUCUUAUGUUCGCACUUGGCAAUAUUCUGGAGACAUUCUGUAAUUUUCUGGAGACGUUUUUUAAUAUUCUGGUGAUAUUGUGGAGACAUUCUGUAAUAUUCUGGCGAUAUUAUACAGACAUUCUGAAGACAUUUUGUAACAUUGUGGCGAUAUUCUGGAUAUAUUCUGAAAUAUCUUCAAUGUCUGCACAAUAUCGCCACAAUAUUAUACGUACGAAAUAAAAUCUUUCCAUCAGCAGUCGGUGGCAUAUAUAUAUAUACACUCACCCGA